CGCAUAAUUACUCGGUGACCAUAUUAAAAAAAAAUAAAAAAAUAAACACUAUAAAUUACACUCUUUGGAGAACAAAACACAAAACACAAAACCCCAAGCCAUAAUAUCCUUUUCCAAGCUCUCAUCAAUGGCUACCUCAGCCAAACAUUGCUUCUCAGUCUUCUUCCUCCUCUUCCUCUUCUCAGUUUCUCAAGUUAAAGCCAGAGAGAGCAAGUUCUUCAGCAAAAUCACCCACAAGAAUGUCGUCCAGACCAGUGUCCCACAAACCAAACCCCCGGCAGAGUUGUCACCGGCGAAAGAUGCUGUACUGUCUCCGACGCCGGCGCCGGAAACAGUAGUUAUGGAGCCUUCUCCGGCACCUAGCUCCGUUCCGGACGAGAGGGAUAAUGGGUAUGGCUUGUAUGGUCACGGAGUGGGGUAUAAUGAACAGUAUACCUCCAAGAAGGAGGUUCCGAGCACCACCGGCGUCGAGAAUGAGCUUCUGAGCGAGGAAUUCACCAAAGACGAGUGGUCAGAGAAUGAAGAAGAUGAUGAGAAUGAGAGUGAGGAUGAUCAACGAGGCCAGAGUGGGAAAUACUUCAGUACUGGUCCUGUGACGAAAAACUACCGCUAUGGAACCAACGGCUACGAUCAGAUCAAGCCUAGUGAGCAGCAAGGGAUGAGUGACACCAGGUUUUUGGAGAAUGGAAAGUAUUAUCAUCAUGUGAGUAAUGAGAAUAGUAACAAUAAGGAUAAUUAUAAUUAUAAUUACAACAACAACAACAACAAUAAUAAUAAUUAUAAUGGGUAUGAUCAGACUGCUGAGAAGGACCCUAGGUAUGUGUUUGAUACCAUGGAAGAGUACGAAAAGUACCAAGAGAGCAGAGGAUAUGUACCAUGAAUUGGUGUAUGAGGAAAGAAGUAGAUGUUGUGGGUUUUGGGUGUACUAAAACAUAGAAAAACUCUAAAUUAUAAAGGGUUUUGUGCCAUUUUUUUUCUUUAUAAUCUCUCUUUUUGUAUUGAAAUGAAAAGAAAUGAAAGAACGAUGUGUAAGGUAGUUGUUGCUUGGCUUGUGUUUA